CUCACGAGUGAGUGAGCGAGUGUCCCUCACCUCGCAAAAGUGAGAAAUGAGAAAUAACAAUACAUGACUUAAAAAGAGAUGAAAACCAACCGUUGAGAGUGAAAAAUAAAAAGUUCAGGCCUCAAGAUUACAGAGAAAACUUCAGGGAAAUUGGAGUUGAUGUAGUGAAAUUUUACGAGUGUUUACAAAUCAAGUGUCAGUGGCAAAAAAUAAAUCGGUAUUAACCACUCGAUGCCGAUUCCUCUCCGAUCAGAUUCUCCCGAACGAAAAGAUAAAAAUAAUUAUUGCAAAAAAAAAACAACAACCGACCGGUUUACCUAUACCUGAGUUACCUGUCAGUGCUGACUUAAGACAAUUAAUAAUACCGGGAGAGGCGAAUUAGGGGACAUUAGCAAUGGCGAUGGGCAAGGGUUUUAGGAUAUAUGAGAAAUUGAAACCACCGAGUCCACAUUCUCUCAUUUUGGAACACAGAAAUCGCAAGGAUACGGUCCUUUUUGAGUCGCAGGCAGUUGCUGUUUUGUCUGCCCAAGAGACAGAAUCCUUGAAGAUUCAGUACACAAAGCUGCUUGAUGCCUAUGGCUGCCUGGGGGUCCUUCAGCUCAAUGCUGGAGAAAACACUCUCCUGUACCUGGUCCUGGUGACUGGAUGUUUUUCCGUGGGGAAGAUCGGGGAGUCCGAGAUAUUUAGAAUAACUCAAACUCAAUUUGUACCUCUACAUUACACCCAGGGGAAUGAGGAUCGGGUCUCUGAAGUUCGGAAGGUCCUCAAUUCCGGCACUUUUUAUUUUUCCUGGUCUGCUGGGCAGCAGGAAGCCUUGGAUAUUACACUCAGUGUACAAAGAAGAUACAAAUCAACUAUUACGGAUAAUAGAUUUUUUUGGAAUCGAAUGCUCCACAUUCAUUUGCUGAGGUUUGGAGUAAACACAACAGAAUGGCUGUUGAAAGCAAUGUGCGGCAGUGUGGAGAUCAGGACAGUGUAUGUUGGGCACAGACAAGCUCGGGCAGUUGUUGUCUCUCGUCUGAGUUGCGAACGGGCUGGCACCAGAUUCAACGUCAGAGGAACAAACGACGACGGACACGUGGCCAACUUCGUUGAGACAGAGCAGAUAAUCUACCUGGACAACGAAGUAACCUCUUUUAUCCAAACCCGAGGCUCAGUGCCACUAUUCUGGGAGCAACCGGGUGUUCAAGUGGGCUCCCACAAGGUCAGAAUAUCCCGUGGCUUUGAGGCCUCGGCCCCAGCCUUCGAUCGCCACCUCUCCAUGAUAAAACAACGUUACGGCCAACAAGUGAUUGUCAACCUCCUAGGUUCAAGUUUGAUAGGCAGCAAGGAGGGAGAAGCCAUGCUGAGCCAACAAUUCCAGACCCACCACGGUCGCUCCAACCACAAAGACGUCCCCCACGUGAUCUUCGAUUAUCACCAAGAGUGUCGUGGAGGGAAUAUGAAGAAUCUCUCGAAGCUAAAAGCGAAGGUGGAAAAAUACUUGGACUCUUUCUCUCUGUUCUACGCAGUAGGAGGUGCAGUUCUAAAUGAACAGUCAGGGACCAUUAGAACGAAUUGCCUGGACUGCUUGGACCGCACUAACUGCGUGCAGACCUUCUUUGCUCUGGAGGUCCUCUCCAAGCAAUUAACCCUUCUCAAACUCUUCGAGAAGCAGCAAAUGGUCUCUAGGUUUGAGGAAGUCUUCAGACAGAUGUGGAUAAACAAUGGGAAUGAAGUCAGUAAGAUCUACGCAGGAACUGGGGCCAUCCAAGGGAGCUCUAAACUGAUGGAUGGAGCCAGAUCAGCUGCUAGAACCAUUCAAAACAAUCUACUAGACUCGAACAAGCAGGAGGCCAUUGACAUUCUCCUCCUUGGCUCGACCCUCAACACAGAAUUGGCUGAUCGAGCAAGACUUCUCCUGCCCUCGAAUAUGCUGCACGCACCUCCAAGUGUCCUGCGAGAGAUGUGCAAGCGAUACAACGAGUAUGUAAGACCGAUGAAUUUACGCGUGGGAGUUGGAACGUACAAUGUGAAUGGGGGAAAACACUUUAGGUCAGUAGUUUAUAAGGAUGUAUCUCUUGCGGACUGGCUCUUGGACGCCCCCAGGAACAAUUCCACGUCUCUGGUCUCUCCAGAGUUUGAUGGAGUGCCUGUGGACAUCUUUGCCAUCGGAUUUGAAGAGAUUGUAGACUUAAAUGCGAGCAAUAUCAUGGCAGCUAGUACAGACAACGCCAAGGCCUGGGCGGAUGAACUGCAGAAGGUUUUGUCGAGGGAUGAUGAAUAUGUUUUGAUAACCUAUCAGCAACUGGUGGGCGUCUGUCUCUAUUUAUUUAUCCGGCCCCAACAUGCACCUCAUCUACGAGAUGUAGCUGUGGAUUGUGUGAAGACAGGUUUGGGAGGGACAACUGGGAAUAAAGGAGCUGCUGCAAUACGUUGUGUAUUAUAUUCCACCUCCUUCUGCUUCGUUUGUGCUCAUUUCGCCGCUGGGCAAUCGCAAGUCAAUGAACGAAACGCUGAUUAUGCAGAGAUCACCCGAAAACUUGCAUUUCCAAUGGGAAGGACAUUAAAUACUCACGACUAUGUAUUCUGGUGUGGAGAUUUCAAUUAUCGUGUGGAUAUGGACAAGGAGGAGAUGAGAGAGAUGAUAAGAAGAGGUGAAAUUGAACAAAUUCUUCAGUACGAUCAGCUGAAGAUCCAGCAGGACCAGGGCAAUGUCUUCAAGAACUUCCAGGAGGGCCCAGUCACAUUCCCCCCAACUUAUAAAUAUGAUCUAUUCUCUGAUGAUUACGAUACCAGUGAGAAAUGCCGACAGCCCGCCUGGACUGAUCGAGUCCUGUGGAAGCGACGCAAGCAAAUACCCGAUAUUGACUCUCCAACGGAUUGGAACCCUGGGAGAUUAAUCUAUUAUGGUAGAGCUGAGUUGAAACAGAGUGAUCACAGACCUGUGAUAGCAAUAAUUGAUGUGGACGUUCAUGUUGUGGAUCCAGAUAAACGAGAAGCUGUUUUCCGAGAAGUUAUUCAGGAUCUGGGACCUCCAGAUGGUACCAUCAUAGUCAAGGCUGUUGAAGAGGCUGACGACAUCGACAGUGUCUUCGAUGACAACUUCAUGUUAGCUCUUCUCCAGGAGUUGUCUCACAUCGGAGAGGUUAUCCUUGUGAGAUUCGUAGGAGAAACCAUAUGGGUGACCUUCAGGGACGGCCAGUGUGCUCUGUCAGCAGCGAGGAAGGGAAUGACUCAGGUCUGUGGACAGACGCUUAAAUUAUCCUUGAAGUCUCCUGACUGGGUGCAGUUGAUUCAAAGGGAAAUCGAGAUCUGCAGUAAUACGACAGUGGCUCAGUACGACGAGAAUUCUCCCACGAGGGGUGUUCAGAGACUGGAACGGUUAGAGAUCAAUGAGGAAGCGCAUUCUGGCAGGUCCAGUCCCAGUGAUGGACGCCCACCGAGACCUGCGCCCCCUGCACGUCCUGCGCAGCCACCGAGGUCACCAGCGAGGGAGAGGAAACCCGUACCGAGGGCGGGCGUCAUUAGCGUACUUCCUAAUCAGUUUCCAGUAGGAACUAAUCAGAUUUCAAAUCAGUUUUCAAAUUCUUCCAGUCAGUUUUCACCGUCGAAUCAGUUUUCUGGAGGCUCAAGUCCUUUCAGAGAAGAGAUGAGGGAUGACAAGGCUGAGAGGUUGUCUCCAGAAUCAGCGAUUUAUGAGGAAAUUCUUGAGGAGAUGCCGAAUUAUCCGGUGCCUAAUAGGCCACCACCACCUUUGCCAAGGUCCGCUGGGGAGAGUAAUGAGUCCAAAUCGUCCAGUUCCGUUCCUCCGCCUCUUCCGCAGAGGCAAGCACCUCUACCACCCCCGCAGCACCCCCCACCUAGUCUGCCGCCCAAUAUGCCACCUCCUGUACCUGCUAGAACGACUGGGGGUCCACCCAUUCCGGCCAGGCAUCCACAGUAAAUACGAGGGGAGGUGGGAGGGAGGAUAUUUGGAAGGAAUAUGACAGAACAUGCUAAUAUGGCAAGUUUGAUUAUGUAUGUGUCAUUUCUAGUAGAAAGGGGAGCGAAACAUUUUUGAAAAUAGGAAGAUAUUUCUAUUUCCUCAUCUAAAAAUUGAGAUGAGUCGGUCAUGUUGGGGUUUUUAGAAAAUUUUUGGAAAAUCUUCAAUGUUCAGCUUCUCAAGGAAGACCUCAACGAAUAUAAUAUAAGUUUGUAGAAGCAAUUUAUAAGUUUCACUCGACAUUCCAGUACUGUUUACCGAUUUGUUUUACCAUUGGGAUGAACUUUUUUAAUUGUUUAUUCGAAAGGAUUUUAAAAAAGACGGGAGGGAAUUGUUUUCUGAUAAUUUUGCAUGAUUAAUUUAUAUUAUUCGUUUGGCUCAUAUCAAAGUCCACAGUCGAAUGAUAAGAUGACAUGAGUUGUGGAAAAAGUUUCAAUUUUGUUGCAUAUAUGUCUAGAUGGAAGACGUUUCUGAAAUUUGUCAUAAGCCUUCGUUCUGGAAGCUUCAAAAAUAUAUCCAAAUUUAUAAGAAACGAUUCAUUGAUUCAUCUUUCAAUGAGUGAAACUUCUCUACAAAAUCAUUUAUAAAGGAAGAAAAAAUAACAUUACAGAGAUUGCCAGAUCUAUUUCUUAAAUGACUGUGUUCGAGAUAUUUUUUGUGCACCAAGACUAGAAUAUAUCACUUGUUGAAAAAUGACUUAUAAAAAAGCUAACGAUAAUUAUGCAGGGAUUGAAAACAGAUCAAACCAGCCUAAUACCAGUAUUUGCAUAAUAUCAGAGAUACAAUUACGUUAAUUGCGUAUAUUCUAUGGACAAAAAGAAUGUGAAUUGUUGACCAAUUGUUGUAAGUUUCCAAUUCAUGGGAUUGUUUCUAUCGAGUUGUUGUGUCGUGAAGAUUAGAUAUUUUAAUUUAAAAGCGAUUGUAAAAGCCAACGUUUCGAGACGUUUGAAUUCCUUGGAUAAAAAACUAAAUGAAAAUAUUGUAAUUAAUUUAUUUCGCAGCUUCCUGCGUAGAUUAAUGUCUGUAAAUAAUAAUGUGAUUAGUAGAAAUCUAUUAUCUGCACCUGAAAUCUAAGGGGGGGGGAG